UCCUAACCUUGGAGGGAACCUGUGGUUAUGUCAUGUGUUCUGAAACAGUUCCUACACGUUUUUCUUUUUCCAACGAUCUCUCUGAGCUACAGGUUUUACCAAUGAAACAAGAUGUUGCUCGCAAGGACACAUUGCUUCUGGACUCAAAUCAUGAGUUUGAGUUCAGCACUAGCAGAAGCCUCGAGUUUGAAUCAUCUUCAGCUGAUGAGCUUUUCUCUAAUGGGGUGAUACUUCCUAUCCAGAUACAACAAAAGAGAAACACAAACACUACAAGGAAACACACACGUUAUGGAGAACCUUCUUACACAAGACUUCCUCCACUUCCAUGUCCUUCUAGUGUUGACAAAAUGAAGAAAGAGAGAAUCAGAGAAGUUGCAAAUGUGAAUAGUGGUUCUUAUGAGCAGAAGACUCAAUUCAGCUCUUUCUGGGGGUUCAGUAGAAGCAAGAGUCUCAACUGUGAUAUAAAGAAAAGCUUGAUGUGUUCUUCACCUCCUUUAUCACGGAGCAACUCAACUGGUUCAGUGCCAACUCCAAAGAGAAUGAGUUCAAAUAAGCAUCCAUCAGCAGCCAAGCCAUUAUCAUCAUCAUCAUCUUCAUGCUCUUCCUUGAAUUUUUAUCCUGUUCAAAAGUCUCCUUCGGGUAAGUGUUAUGGAGGAUCUUAUGCCAAUGGUGUUAGAAUUAGUCCUGUUUUAAACCUACCAACUCCUUGCAUUUCUAAAGGAAGUGUUAAUCUCUUUGGGUUGGGUUCAUUUUUACGUGUUGGGAAGGCCAAGAAAAGCAAGAAGUGA